AUGCCAUCAGCCAAGACUAACGGCAUCGGCAUCCAGGUGGAGGACCUCAAGAUAUGUGUCGUCAUGGUCGGUCUGCCCGCCAGAGGCAAGAGCUUCAUCGCCCAGAAAGCGCAACGGUAUCUGGGAUGGCUCUCAAUCAAGGCCAAGACCUUCAACGUCGGCAGCUAUCGCCGCCAGGAAGAUGCCCACCCCUCGGCUGACUUCUUUGACUUUCACAACGCCGAGGGCGAGCGGAGACGUCGCGCCGCCGCCGAGAAGGCCAUCGAGGACAUGCUGGCUUGGUUCCGCCAGGGCGGUGUCAUCGGCAUCCUCGACGCCACCAACUCCACCAAGGAGCGCCGCAAGUGGGUUCUCGACAUCUGCACCAAGGAGGGCAUCGAAGUCCUCUUCGUCGAGAGCAAGUGCGACGAUGAGAACCUCAUCAUGGCCAACAUCCGCGACGUCAAGCUCACCUCCCCCGACUACCAGGGCCAGGACCCCGAGGAGGCGGCCCUCGACUUCCGCAACCGCAUCCGCAACUACGAGAAGGUGUACAAGUCGCUCGACGAGGACGGCGACGAGGAUGAGUACACUUACCUCAAGAUCAUGGAUGUCGGCAAGCAGGUCAUCAUCAACCGCAUCCAGGACUACUUGCAGAGUCGUGUCGUUUACUACCUGAUGAACCUUCACAUCCGGCCUCGUUCCAUCUGGCUGUCAAGACACGGAGAGUCCAUGUACAACUUGGACGGCCGCAUUGGCGGUGACACAAUGCUCUCGCCUCGUGGUGAGCAAUAUGCCAGGAAACUUCCCGAGCUCGUCAGGAAAUCAGUCGGCGACGACCGUCCCCUCACCGUUUGGACCUCAACACUGAAGCGCACCAUCGCCACCUCCCGCUUCCUUCCUUCCGAUUACAACCAACUGCAGUGGAAGGCUCUGGACGAGCUCGACUCUGGUGUGUGCGACGGACUGACCUACCAGGAGAUCAAGGACCGUUUCCCCGAGGACUUUGCCGCACGCGACGAGGACAAGUACAACUACCGCUACCGCGGCGGCGAGUCCUACCGCGACGUCGUCAUCCGGCUCGAGCCCAUCAUCAUGGAGCUCGAGCGCUCCGAGGACAUCCUCAUCGUAACCCACCAGGCCGUCCUGCGCUGCAUCUACGCGUACUUCAUGAAUAAGUCUCAGGCGGACAGCCCGUGGAUGAACGUGCCGCUGCACACUCUCAUUAAGCUCACCCCGCGUGCCUAUGGAACCGAGGAGGUGCGCUACGAGGCCAACAUUCCGGCUGUUAGCACCUGGCGCGGCAAGGGCUCCACGGCCAAGCAUGAGAACCCGACAGCGGAGUGUACCUUCCUCACAACCACCACCACACACACAGCCGCAACCAUGGACGCCGCCGCCAGCAGCAAGAAGCGCAAGCUCCGCGACGCCAAUGGCUCGAAGCCGUCCAAGAAGCGCUCCUCUUCCGGAGCAGCACCCUCCCCCGCCGCAAAGUCGAAGAAGCUGAAGCGCACCGCGCCCGCGCCCGCCUCCGACGACGAUUCUGAGAACGAGGAUGCCGAGGAGGUCGAGUCAGAAGAGGAGGAAGACGCCGCAGAGACCGCCGAGAACUUCAAGGACGCAGAAGACGACGACGGCGCCGGCUCGGACCUCGACGACGACGUCAAGGCCCCCGCCGCCGCUCCCAAAACCGCCUCCUCCGCCUCCGACCUCCCCAACGCGGACGCCCUCUCGCUGCCCCAGGUCGGCGCCGAGGCGCACGACUUCGCCGAGCUCAACCUCUCCGACAAGACGAUGAAGGCCAUCGGCGAGAUGGGCUUCACCAAGAUGACCGAGAUCCAGCGCCGCGGCAUCCCGCCCCUGCUCUCCGGCAAGGACGUCCUCGGCGCCGCGAAGACCGGCUCCGGCAAGACCCUCGCCUUCCUCAUCCCCGCCGUCGAGAUGCUGUCCGCCCUGCGCUUCAAGCCCCGCAACGGCACCGGCGUCAUUGUGGUGUCGCCCACGCGCGAGCUGGCUCUGCAGAUCUUUGGUGUUGCACGGGAGCUGAUGGCGCACCACUCGCAGACGUACGGUAUUGUCAUCGGCGGCGCGAACCGCCGCGCCGAGGCGGACAAGCUGCAGAAGGGCGUGAAUCUUCUUAUUGCCACACCCGGCAGAUUGCUCGACCACCUGCAAAACACGCCCUUCGUCUUCAAGAACCUCAAGUCGCUCAUCAUCGACGAGGCGGACCGCAUCCUCGAGAUCGGUUUCGAGGACGAGAUGCGCCAGAUCGUCAAGAUCCUGCCCAAGGACGACCGCCAGACGAUGCUCUUCUCCGCGACGCAGACGACAAAGGUCGAGGACCUCGCGCGCAUCUCGCUGCGCCCCGGGCCGCUGUACGUCAACGUCGACGAGAAGCAGGAGCACAGCACCGUCGCGAACCUGGAGCAGGGCUACGUGAUCUGCGACGCGGACAAGCGGUUUUUGCUAUUGUUCAGCUUCCUGAAGCGCAACCUCAAGAAGAAGGUGAUUGUGUUCUUUAGCAGUUGCAACUCGGUCAAGUACCACGCCGAGCUGCUGAACUAUAUCGAUCUGCCGGUGCUGGAUCUGCAUGGCAAGCAGAAGCAGCAGAAGCGGACGAAUACGUUUUUCGAGUUUUGCAAUGCGAAGCAGGGGACGCUAAUUUGCACUGACGUUGCUGCGCGUGGAUUGGAUAUCCCCGCCGUCGACUGGAUCGUGCAGGUCGACCCCCCCGACGACCCGCGCGACUACAUCCACCGCGUCGGCCGCACAGCCCGCGGCGCCAACUCCAAGGGCCGCAGCCUCAUGUUCCUGCAGCCCUCCGAGGUCGGCUUCCUCACGCACCUCAAGGAGGCGCGCGUGCCCGUCGUCGAGUUCGACUUCCCCGCCAACAAGAUCGCCAACAUCCAGAGCCUGCUCGAGAAGCUGAUUACCCAGAACUACUACCUGAACAAGAGCGCCAAGGACGGCUACCGCAGCUACCUGCACGCGUACGCGAGCCACUCGCUGCGCACGGUGUUCGACGUCAACAAGCUGGACCUGGCCAAGGUGGCCAAGAGCUUUGGGUUCGCGGUGCCGCCGCGGGUGGAUGUCACGGUGGGCGCGAGCGGACGGGGGGAGAAGAAGGUGCAGGGAAGGCGGGCGUAUGGGAGCCAGCCGAAGCAGGGGACUGGGGGGUAUUAUAAGAAGAGGUGA